AUGGAUCGAGUCAAGUCCAUGGCUGCGCUCUUCAACUGGAAGGCUUGGACUCUCCAGCUAGGAGCGGUUGCUGGCUCGGAAGGCGAGCUCCUCCCAGUCCACGCUACCACCGGGGAUUCCAAGAUCACCUCACCUCGUAUUGAGGAUUAUCCGGCAGGAUAUCCGCAGUACUCGGCCCUCAUUUCAUCCCACGACCCGUUUUUCGCAUUCCGGUCCUUCCGUCAGCUACGAGCGAGACUGCUCUGCUCGAUGCAGAACGAACUUGACGUCCUCGAGUCGCAGCUCCACCGAGAGGACCGCGAGGAAGUCUCGCCCUUCUUCCUGGGGACAUGUCGUGAUGACAGGAACACGGCUCGGUCCGCACUCCUUGCCAAGAUCCACUCGAAGCUCGGCGACUACGAUGCUUUCAUGGACCGGUGCCGCCAGAUGCUGAGCUACACCCGCGCGAACCCGCGUGAAGUGGAGAGCCUCCAGAACUGGCUGGAAGGGACGGGCUGCAUCGACGAAGACGAGACGUCGUACCUCGAAAGGCGAGGCGAUCUGGUUAGCCUCGCAUCUUCGCACGAUCAUGCUAUGAAGCGGCUAGAAGACUGGGUUGAAGACCGGUUGGUACAACAUUACAAAGGGUUUCGAGCCAGUCCGGGGUUCGACAUCUCGUCCAACCCGGAUGUGUAUAUCUACUCGGGCACGAUGAUCAAGGCUAUUGCCACAGGCCUAAUGUUGUUCCUGAUAAUCUUUCUGCUUCUCAUGCCUGUCGUCAUCUGCAUUCUCGUAGAUAGCAUUGGCGCACGAGUUUUCGUCAUUAUCAUGUCCACAGCGUGCUAUUUGGCGAUUUUGUCGAGGCUGACAAGAUCGAGAAUGAUAGAGUUGACGUUGGCUGGAGCAACAGCCGAGGCGCCAGCUUCAGGCCAAAGCGAUAUCAAGAAUGCUGGCUCGUGGGAAACCGGUAUGCGCGAGCAGUAUCGUGACUCAUCGCUGACCGAAGCCGUGCCGCGGGGAAUCAAUGUUGUGGGGUGGAAUCGUGCUGGCCCGUCGUGA